AUGGGCCAAGGCCAGUCGACUCCGCCAUCGCUGCAGCGGUCGCACGAGGAGCUCGUAAAAGAGCUGGCAAACCGCUUCGCGCAAAAGUGCUUCACCUCCCUGGAGCUCUACUCGCUCAAGGACAACUUCAAGAGCCUCGCAGACGCCACGGUGGAGAGUCCGCACAUCACUCGGGACAGCAGCCAUCCAGAGGAUGGUGAGAAUGGCGCCGAAAGUGGCAAAAGCGGAAACAAUACCGACAACACGGUCAGCAGCAACGGCAGCGGAACAAGCAACAAGACGACUGAGGAGCACAGCAGGAAGCCCCACGUCCUGCGCUACCUCAAGGAAGACACCGUCGCGCGCUUCCUGGCCAUCCCCGACAUCCUGGGCGUGUCGCCGGUCGUGUUCCAGAUGGUCUCGUACCUCGGAGCCUUCCCCUUUUUGUCCGAUGCGCCCGCUGUGCUGGGCCUCGAACAGUUGGUCAUUGUGGUCACGCUGCUGACCGACCGGUACAAGCGCGUGCUGGCCCACGGUGCGAGCGACCGCCGCACGCUUCUUUUCCGCAGUCUGGCCGUGCACGACCGCAAACUGUUUUCCGAGGACAGAAAAGAGGCCGCGGCUGCCGCACGCGCGCAGUCGACUGUGCCAACAGGUAACGAGGGCUUUGCCGUGGACGCGUCCAUUGAUGACAACGACGGCGAAGAGGAUGUCGUGAAGGGCAGCCCUGCCGAUGAGAAUGACGGCUACGACGACGACCUGCCAAACGACGACAAUGACGAGCUCGCUUUGGCCGCCUUUGAUGCCCUCGACUACAUCAACAGCUCGGUACCCACGGGCCCGAAAGCGUCAGCGAGAAAGGCGGCCGACAUUGCCGCUACGCUCCACGGUGCACGCAUCCCUGCCGACAACUUCCGGCGACUGCUGAUGCUGCUGAUCUUGGUGGCACCACUGGGCCCCCAGGAACCAAUCUCCCUCUACGCCGGCCGUUUUACGGGAGAUGCAUUGGAGAGCCUGCGGGAGACGGCCCAGUGCAUACUGGCCACGUUCCUCGAUGUCGAGACAUCGCCGGGCAUUAAGUUUGCCCACUUUGAUGCCAUCGUUCCCGUGUGCUUCCCGUUCCUCUUUAGCGGGUUCAACGCCCUGUUUGAACACUUUUUGUUUUCCAAGAACCUCGACUUGUCACGGACGAAGCCUGGCGCUGGCGCCAGCGCCAGCGAUGCGAACACAGAUAGCACCACAGGCACUACCACAACAACCUCCCCGCCAACGCUCGCCAGGCGAAAGUCGUCGGCUGCCACGAUUGCAGCAACUAAUAUACCCAUUCCUCCACUCCUCAUCCAAGACUCUGCGAACAAAAUCAUGAACCUCAACAUCCUCUCCCAGCUGUCUUUCUUCCUUCCCGGCUCCUCCCUCUUCCACCGCAUGCGCCCGCUCUACUCGGGCGACAACGACGGCUUCUCCAUGGGCUCCUUUGAGUCCAAGGUCUUUAACUGGCGUGCGCCGACCAUCCUACUCGUCAAAGGCACGCGCAUCAGCGACACGCCGCGUGGCCCGGAAGCCACCUUUGCAUCCGCUUUGCCUCCACGGCGAUUCCCGCAUGGCAAUGGCAAGCGUGUGGACGACGGCGGUGGCGACGACGGCGACGACGAGACACUCAUCUUUGGCGCCUACGUCAGCCAGCCCUGGCGUCUCACGCAUCGCGAUUGCUUUGGCGACAGCGACACCGUGCUGUUUCAGCUGAGCCCUGUGCACGAUGUGUUUGGGGCGUCGACGAUCAACCGCGACUAUGUCGCCUUUAUCAAGCCGACCGUCGCCAACAACCACGCCGGCGGCAUCGGCUUCGGCUGUCCCUCGCCCACGGGUGCUGCAGUCAAGGCCAGCCUCAGGCAGCACCAGCAUGUCCAGUCCGCCGUCGAGGGCAUCCUGCCGCUGGGCCCCUUGUCGCUCAUGAUUGACGGCAACUUUGAGUUUGGCGCCAUGACGCACGAUCGGGGACACGGCGCCAAGGCACACAGUGGCGGCGCGGGCGGCGCCUUCCAUCCCAGUGCUGCCCGCAUGUUUAGUUUCCAGGACCGCUUCUCCAUCGAAGCGCUCGAAGUCUGGGGCUGCGGCGGCGACGACGAGGCCAAGGAACAGGCAGAGCGCUGGGCCUGGGAGGCGCGAGAGGCCGAGGCGCGGCGGCGCAUCAACCUGGGCACGGGCGACGUCGACGCAGACCGUGCUCUGUUGGAAAUGGCCGGCCUGGUCGGUGCCAAUCGGAGUGGAGGGAGUAUGGUAUGA